AUGCUGCUGGAUUUGAACUGCAUCUUAAGCGGCAUCUGGGGUGCAGACUUGAGCUUCCAUCUUGACAGACUCUGCAGUUCUGGAAGUGAGCAACGCGGACAAAGCAGAUGGAGGAAUAUUCCUGCUGUGGUGGAUGUACUACAAUACAUCAAGCUUGUCGAUAGCAGUAGUUUGAUUCGGCCUUUGAAGGCGAUGUCGGCCGGCUGCGAUAGGGUCUCGUGUCGUGUCAAGCUGUCCAAUCAUGCUACUCGAAGUGGCCAGCUACAGCCACUUCGACGGAAUUUUCGCUUCAAUGCCUAUGACGGAAAGUUUAGGGAGCUGGCACCUGGUCUUAGAUUGCCAUGCUGUUCUUAUUCGAAUAAGCAGAGCGAUGGUAAUGAGGAGUCACAGUCCGUACUGACCUGA